CGCCAAGGUCGGCAUCAGCGAUGACAAGCGAGUGUUGGUAACCUCCAGCGGCACUCGCACAAGGUGGACGAUUCCCCGCUUUUCUCUGAAUGUAUUCUGCCUUUUCUGUUGUUGUUUUGCUGUUACUACUGCACAACCUGGUAAUGUCUUUGUCUCUCCCUCCACACCCCGUCCCGUAUGUUUCCUCUACAGCGGAGUAGCUUUGUCCAGAGCUCACUUUGAAAAGCAGCCACCCUCCAACUUGAGGAAAUCCAAUUUCUUUCACUUUGUUCUGGCUCUCUACGACAGACAGGGGCAGCCCGUGGAAAUAGAGAGGACAGCUUUUGUGGACUUUGUAGAAAAUGAUAAAGAGCAAGGCAAUGAAAAGACGAACAACGGCACGCAUUACAAACUCCAACUCCUUUAUAGCAAUGGUGUCAGGACUGAACAGGAUCUGUAUGUUAGACUCAUUGAUUCAGUCACUAAGCAGCCCAUAACUUACGAAGGACAGAACAAGAAUCCCGAAAUGUGCAGAGUUUUGCUUACCCAUGAAGUCAUGUGCAGCCGGUGCUGUGAGAAGAAAAGUUGUGGCAACAGAAAUGAGACUCCAUCUGACCCCGUAAUCAUCGACAGGUAG